GUCACCGUUUUUUUGCGAGGCUGCAGUUUUCUGCAAAAUUCUGUGCCUUGUGUCCUGGAUAAGGUGGACGCCUUUAUGAUAAGGGUCGUGAGUGCGGUGGUUUUGUGCGUGGAUUCUGACAACAAAAAUUACAGUGGCAUAGAAUAGAGCUUUAGCGCGGUUGCGCGUUUGUGGAUUAAGUGGCGAUGAAAAGGCACCGGUGCAUGAAAUUGAAGUGAAUUUAAUGACAUGGAAAUUGUGGACAAAAAGAAGCAACGUGAGGAGGAAGACAAAAGACCACAAGUCACCUUUAAUAACUGGGAUCAAGCAUUUCUUAUUCUUUCAAUAGGGGCAUACAUUUUCAAUAAGAUAAUUGACGUGGUGCUGAUCCACACGUACCUGAGCUCGGGCGACCUGACCUGGGGCCUGCUGACCGUGCUGAUCGUGGUGGUGCCCCAGGCGCUGGUGCACGUCAUCUCGUACCGCUGGCACGUGCACGACCAGGAGGCCACCACCAGCCUGCUGGUCGUGCACUGCUGCCAGCUGGGCCUCUUUCUUAGGCUUGUGAGUCAGUUUUCCGAUGGUCGGCGUAUGCGCCGUACAAAGUCCUACGACGAUUCAAUGGUGUACCUGCAGCAGAGCAGUGACGUCAGCAUGCUGCAGCUGUUCCUCAGCUACCUGGAGUCGGCGCCGCAGUUGCUACUGCAGGUCUACGUCACCUCGUCCAGGGACGGCUGGCAGCUGGUGCAGGCUGUCAGCGCGGCGCUCUCGCUCCUCUCGCUGGCCUGGAGCAACGCCUCGUACGCCAAGUGGAUGCGCAAGUCCCGGGGCGACAAGCGGCCGCUGGGCUGGACGGCUGCCACCCUGCAGCUGCUCUGGCGCCUGUGUCUCCUGCUGGCGCGCACGUCCGCUCUGCUGGCGUUCUCGCUGCUGUACUCCGGCUGGGUGCUGCUGCUGCUGGCCGUCCGCUGGCUGCUGAUGACCGGCUGGGUGCUGGCCCAGCGCACCGACCUCUUCCCCACGCCCGCCGAGGAGCGACUCUUCAACACCGUCGUCGGCGCCAUCUACUGCUUCUCCUUCUUCAACGUCAAGGAGACGCCGGCCCGCUGGCGCAUGCUUGCCUUCUACGCGCUGACGUUCGCCGAGAACGGCGUCCUGGCGAUGCUCUUCUUCUUCUACUGGCCGCGCCCCGGCGAC